GUUACAACAUACAACAUACAACAAUCUUCAUAAUUCAGUUCCAUCGCCUUCUUCAAGUAAUCUUCCCCGCUUCUUGUGCUUAUUGAUUCAGGCACUAUUCGGGAUUUCUUGGUUUGGUUAUUCAUGCUGUUUCAAUUUGGGACACUAGAUCGCAAUGGCUCUUUCAGACGCACAGCACGCCCUUCUACUACGAUUGGUGUUAGAUUUCUUGGUCCGGUUGUUAUCGGGGCACAUUGCCCAACAGAACAACACUCAAGGGAUUCCUCUACCCUUUUCAACGUUAGAACAAUGGUUUGAGUCAGUUAGCGCACCCGAUGUUAAGGCUGGCACUAGCGAUCCAGAAGAUCGCCGCGGACGACAAGAACUGCAGAUACCGGAUUUAAAUGAACCUCCCGUCGAUAAUCUUCCAGCCAACGAACAGCCCAUCGGCAACCCCCCACCGGAAGACCAAAACCUACCUGAAGACAACCUCCCAGCCAACGACCCUCCGGCCGGAAACCCUGACGCCGGAAACGCCGGAAACCCUGACGCUGAAAAUCCGGCCGAAGACGCCCCCAGACCCCUUCUUGUUUACACUCGAAAACGGCGUCGUAAUGUUUGAGUAAGUAGUGUGCUUUGAAAAUGCUGUAAAAAUGUGAGAUUCUCUCUAUCUUGAUAUCAUUGUGUUUUGUUUUAGAUAUUAAAUCUUGUGUUACGUAAUCGAUUGAAAAUUGUCUGGUGUAUGUUCGAUGAAAUGCUUGACUGAAU